AUGAGGACUACUGGCGCAGUGGACUACUUGUGCUACUGUAUGCUCAUCCUGCAGCUCGUUAAUCAACCCGCGGCCAAACAGGUGCUCCGGUACCGGCUGGCGGAGGAGGGACCCGCCGAUGUCCGGAUAGGGAACGUGGCCGCCGACCUGGGCAUCGUCGCCGGGUCCGGCGAGGUGACAUUCACGCUGGAGUCCGGCUCCGAUUUCUUCAAGAUAGACAACAUCACCGGCGAGCUCACCACCAACGAGAGGCGGAUCGACCGCGAGAAGCUGCAGCAGUGCCAGAUGAUAUUCGACGAGAACGAGUGCUUCAUAGAUUUCGAGGUGUCCGUCAUCGGCCCGGCGCAGAGCUGGGUCGACCUCUUCGAGGGGAAAGUCAUCAUACUGGACAUCAAUGACAACACCCCGUCUUUCCCCUCCCCCGUCCUCACCCUCUCCGUGGAGGAAAACAGACCCAUCGGCACCCUGUAUCUUCUGCCCACGGCCACCGACAGAGAUUUCGGCAGGAACGGGAUAGAGAGGUACGAGCUCAUCCAGGACGGCGGGGAGAACUCGAGACGGCUGGGGUCCUCCGGGGGUCGCGACAACGGGGACUCUUACUCGGGCAAGAGGAGGUUCGACGACGGGGCGAGCAGGAGCAGCGUGUUUGAGCUGCAGGUCGCCGACACCACGGACGGGGAGAAACAGCCGCAGCUCAUCAUUAAAGGGGCUCUGGACAGGGAGCAGAGGGACUCCUACGAGCUCACGCUGCGCGUCAGGGACGGAGGCGACCCUCCUCGCUCCUCCCAGGCCAUUCUGAGGGUGAUGAUCACCGACGUGAACGACAACAGCCCCCGCUUUGAGAAGAGCGUGUAUGAGGCCGACCUGCCGGAGAACAGCUCCCCGGGAGCCCCCAUCCUGCAGCUCAAAGCAGCCGACGCCGACGUCGGGGUCAACGGUCAAAUAGAGUACGUGUUCGGGGCAGCCACGGAGUCGGUGAGGAGGUUGCUGAGGUUGGAUGAGAGCACGGGGUGGCUGAGCGUCUUGCAUCGCAUUGAUCGCGAGGAGGUGAGCCAGCUGAGGUUCACGGUAAUGGCCCGCGACCGGGGCCAGCCGCCCAAAAUGGACAAGGCCAUCGUUGUACUGAACAUCAAGGAUGAGAACGACAACGUUCCCGCCAUUGAAAUCCGUAAAAUAGGACGCAUUUUCCUGAAAGACGGCAUAGCCAACGUGGCAGAAGAUGUGGUUGUGGACACGCCUAUCGCCUUAGUCCAGGUGUCAGACCGGGACCAGGGGGAGAACGGCAUCGUGACCUGCACGGUGGUGGGAGACGUGCCGUUUCAGCUCAAGCCAGCCAGUGAAAUGGAGGGCGAGCAGAACAAAAAGAAGUACUUCCUCCACACCUCCGCGCCGCUGGACUACGAGGCCACACAGGAAUACAACGUGGUGAUUGUGGCUGUGGACUCUGGAAGCCCCAGUUUGGCUAGUAACAACUCUCUGAUCGUCAAAGUCGGCGACACCAACGACAACCCUCCUAUCUUCAGCCAGAGCGUAGUAGAGGUGUCUUUCCCAGAAAGCAAUGCCCCCGGUGAGAGGGUGACAACUGUGGUGGCCAUUGAUGCUGAUAGCGGGAAGAAUGCUGAAGUAGCCUACUCCCUGGACUCGUCGGUAAAUGGGAUUUUCUCUAUCGAUGCGGACAGUGGGGACAUCAGAGUAAACGCAGUUCUGGAUAGAGAGCAAACGGAGCGCUAUGAAUUCAAAGUGAUGGCCAAAGAUAAGGGCAUGCCAAUCCUGCAAGGCUCCGCCACUGUGGUCGUCCUCGUUGCUGAUAAGAACGACAACGAACCGAAGUUCAUGCAGGACGUGUUUACUUUUUAUGUCAAAGAAAACCUUGAACCCAACAGCCCCGUUGGCAUGAUAACAGUCAUUGACGCGGACAAAGGCCAAAAUGCAGAGAUGAGUCUUUUCAUCGAGGAAGAGGAGGACAUCUUCUCCAUUGAAAAUGACACGGGAACCAUUUUCUCCACCCUGUCCUUUGACCGCGAACAGAAAACCACCUACACAUUCCGCGUCAAGGCUGUGGACGGGGGCGACCCGCCCAAGUCGGCCACCGCCACAGUCUCACUCUCGGUCAUGGAUGAAAACGACAAUGCACCCACAGUCACCUUCCCCAUAAACAGCUCCUACACCCUCCUUCCUCCAUCCAGUAACAUCAGGACUGUAGUCAGAACUGUCAUAGCCACAGACACUGACACAGGAGUCAACGCAGAACUCAACUACAGCAUCAUCGGCGGCAACCCCUUCAAGUUGUUUGAAAUAGACGGGGGUGGGGGGGUCAUCUCGCUGGUGGGGAAGCUGGAACAGAAGCACUACGGCCUCCACCGACUGGUCAUCCAGGUGAACGACAGUGGGCAGCCCUCCCAGAGCACCACCACGCUGGUUCACGUGUACGUCAACGAGACACUCUCCAACUCCACCGUCGUGGAGUCUCUGGUGGCCAAGAGCCUUAGCACCUCCCUUAACACCAACAUCGCCGGUGACCCCAACUACGACCUGAGCAAGCAGCGGCUAAGCAUCGUCAUCGGGGUCGUGUCGGGCAUCAUGACGGUCAUCCUCAUCAUCCUGGUUGUCGUCAUGGCCCGUUACUGCCGCCCCAAGAACAAGAACGGCUACGAGGCCGGCAAGAAGGACCACGAAGACUUCUUCACCCCACAGCAGCACGACAAGUCCAAGAAGCCCAAGAAAGACAAGAGGAAACAGAAAUCCAAACAGCCACUCUACAGCAGCAUUGUGACUGUCGAGGCCUCCAAGCCCAACGGCCAGCGCUACGACGGCGUUAACGAGAAGCUGUCAGACAGUCCGGGGAUGGGCCGUUACCGUUCGGUCAACGGUGGGCCCGGGAGCCCGGAUUUGGCCCGGCACUACAAGUCCAGCUCGCCGCUCCCCACGGUCCAGCUUCACCCGCAGUCGCCCACGGCUGGGAAAAAGCACCAGGCGGUGCAGGAUCUGCCCCCUGCCAAUACCUUUGUUGGCACCGGAGAUAACAUUUCCCUCGGAUCUGACCACUGCUCUGAAUACAGCAGUCAGACUAUCAACAAGUACAACAAACAGCCGUUUCGCCGAGUGACCUUCUCGGUGGUGAGCCAGCCCCAGGACCCUCACCAGCAGGGAUCGCUGCAGAGCUGCUACGACAGCGGCCUGGACGAGUCGGAGACGCCCAGCAGCAAGAGUUCGUCGGGCCCCCGGCUGGGAGCCCUGCCCCUGCCCGAGGACAGCUACGAGAGGACGACGCCGGAUGGCAGUGUCGGUGAGGCAGAGCACAUGGAAAAUGACUCCCGGCCUUUGCCUGACGUAGCCAUGACCGGCAAGUGCACCCGGGAAUGCGACGAGUAUGGCCACUCGGACUCCUGCUGGAUGCCCGUGCGCACGUCGCCCGAGCGGCGGCCAUCCAAGUCAACCACCACACCUCAACAACCAAAGCUUUCCACCUUCAUGAGCGGCAGCGGCAGCAGCAGCAGCAGCGCCGAGCAGCCCAGCAGCCAGGAGACCCUCGCCAUGGCCAACGGAGACCCCACCACCGCCCACAUGAUGGGCGACCGCAACCGCAACCUGCUCAGCAAGAAGAUGGCCUCAUCCUCCUCCUCAUACGAGGCCUUCGGCUCGCCCAGCUACGGUUCGCCCGGCAGCAGGGGGGAGGAGGUGCUGGGUCACCCCACUGAGGAGAUCCCCCUGGCCCCCACCGGGGAGUACAAGCCCACCUCCUGCGGUACACUGACGCGGCGGGAGGUGUACCUGUGA